GCGCUCCGAUUGGAAAUGUUCACCAGCCCUAUACGCAGAUGAAUUCAGACCCAUCUGGGGCAAAGUCGCGAUCACUAGCUAAAACACUGCACGACAUGGUAGGACUAAAUGGGUCCAAAUUGUGUGAUCUCCGGGACAGCUCUGAGUUCAAAAAGGUCUACAGCACCAUGCAGGCGGUGGCCAAUUCUAAGCCGGCGCAAUUAUUGAAGGAAUACUCCCCUUGGCUAGCUGCCUUCCACUCGGCCGAUCACCGGGCCGUAGACGCCAUCGAAAUUCCGGGACGGUAUUCCGGGACGGCUAAGCCUAUCCCGUCACUGCACCCCACAAUCACCAAGUUCGACGAAACUGUUUUGGUUCUGUCCUCCAUCCGGCGCCCAAAGCGGAUCAAAAUGCUUGCCAACGACGGGAGUGUGCACCCAUUUCUUGUAAAAGGGGGUGAGGACUUGCGCCUGGACCAGAGGGUAGAGGGUAUUUUCGACAGUAUGAACUCGGUCUUUGGACAGAACACAGAGUGCCGCAGACGCCGGUUGAGGCUGACUACCUAUGCAGUGGUUCCGGUAUCAAAGUGAGUGG